UCGUUAAAUAUUAAUUAGGGUGGCGAACGAGGCUGUUUGUACGUCGUUUUGCGGCCUUGGGGCGGCUCGUAUAUUCGGGCGAACCGUAGGUGCGAGUAGGUGGGCGUUGAGGCCGCGUACGUGCCUGGAAUGCAAACGACAACGCUGCAGCGGUACGGCCCUUAAGUGGGACGUAACUCACCCGUUAUGAUGAUGACUCUGCGCGUAGCGGCGUGCGUUUGGCUUCCUGGAAUAACGUCCGGGUAGAGGGAGAAAGGGAGGCGGAAUUUGCGGCAGGACGCAUCCAUGAAGCCCCCGGUCGACCAUGUACACGUGCGGGGUGCUAGUCCUCCUCCUUCUCGUAUUUGCCGGUGACGUGGUGUUCUCUACCACGGAGCUGGAAGCGCCCGGCUUCGGGAACGGCACGGAGGUUCCCACCAACAGUUCGGAGGGCUUCAGCUGGCUGGAACUCACCGUGAUGAGUGCUACAAGCGUGCGGAUCACCUGGCCCGGUAUGACGGACUUACAGUCCUACCACCGCGUGCUGUACGGUAAACCAGGAGCGGAGGAGCAGCUACACGUCCUACUGAAGCCUGGAGACAACGCGUACAUCAUAUCCCACCUCAUUCCAUCCAGCUCGUACCGGGUGUGUAUACUCAAGUCGGACCAGACGGAGCCGCACCCCGCCCAGUGCCGCGUGUUCACUACAGCCGAGGACACGCUGGCGGUGGAAUACAAAGCGAAAGGUGCCAUCCUGGGCGGCGUGGUGAUCAUGCUCAUCUUCGUCGGCAUCAUCUACCGCUGUGUCCUGAGGAGGUACCGCACGUCGCAGGGCCACCCUGACGACGCCGGGGCCACCCCGCUCACGGACCUGGGGCUGGUGGAGGUCCACGGCGACGCCGGGAAGAAACUCGGGGACGUUCUGUCGGUGUCUGACUCUCGUGAGAUCACUGACGACGACUUCCGCGUGACCAGGGUAAGGUGAGGUGAG